AACAAUAAACAAUUGGCAGGCCAGAGAAUAACUCAAAUUAAGAAAUUACGGGCGCCGGGACUUCCCUCAUUUUCCGUUACACUCGUCAGGCUCGUCCCACCCCGAACCUAAGCUUCGGAUUCCCAUUCCCACCAAAGCUACAAAUUUAAACGCCUCGGUUUGCGUCACCUGCUUUUCAAUCGCUCUGCAAAAUUCCGAUAGGCGGCCAUCGUUUCGCUCGAUCCAACGCAUACAGAUCCAAUGGCGGAGCUCGAAGGGACGCUGAUGGAGAAGAUCGCCGAGAAGAUCCACGGCGAUUCGUCAUCAUCUUCCGAUUCCGACGACGACAAGCCUUCUUACGCUGACCCUCUGAAGUCCAAAGUUUAUCGCCUCUUCGGCAGAGAGAAGCCUCUUCACCAAGUCUUAGGCGAUGGAAAACCUGCUGAUGUCUUUCUAUGGAGGAACAAGAAAAUUUCUGGAGGUGUGCUUGGUAGUGCAACAGCAUUGUGGGUUUUAUUUGAAAUGCUUGAAUACCAUUUAAUCACUCUGGUUUGCCAUAUAUUGAUACUCUCUUUAGCAAUUCUUUUCCUGUGGUCCAAUGCCUCUAAUUUCAUCAACCACUCUCCACCAAACAUUCCAGAAGUUGUACUCCCUGAAAAGUGUGUCCUUGAAGUUGUAUCUGCUCUGAGAAUUGCAAUCAACCGAGCUCUGGAUGUUGGAAUGAACAUUGCAUCUGGAAAAGAUUGGAAGACGUUUCUUGGUGUUAUUGCUGGAUUAUGGUUUCUGUCACUUGUGGGCAAUUGUUGUAACUUCUUGACAUUGUUCUACAUAGUAUUUGUUCUGCUACACACUGUACCUGUGUUUUAUGAGAAAUACGAGGACAAGGUCGACUCAUUUUCUGAGAAGGCAAUGGUUGAGAUUAAGAAGCAGUAUGCAAUAUUUGAUGAGAAGGUUCUGAGUAAGAUUCCUAAAGGGCCAUUGAAAGAGAAGAAGAAAGAUUAGAGGACAUGAAGCCAUUUGGUUUUUUUGCUAAAAUCAAUUUACUAUGGCAUUGUAACCUGUAUAUCUUCAUGAGUCCAAGUUUCUACUUUAUGUUUAGCUGCACACAUCCUCAUUGAAUGUGGUAUUCAAUGAUGCCUAGUUUUAGAUCAUCUGCUUUUGCUUGUUUAUUUUUUUAAUCUAUUAUGGAGGCCAACAUUGAA